AUGGGCAAGUCCAGACCAGCUACAUCUGGCUAUGCCAGGAUUGCCCAAGCAGAAGAGGAGGACGACGAUUCAGUAUUCUCUGAUGAGGACAUGCACCAAGGCCAGUCCCGUCUUUCGGUCGACGCGGAUGGCACCACAUACGCGCCUAUACAACCAAAACGCCGUGAGCGUAUGGAUUUACCUGAAGGUCGACCUCCGCAUCACCGACGACGACGCACAAACUCUGGAGUCGACAUCAAGGCCAUCAAUGCCAGGCUGGAGAAGUGGGCUGAUGAGAUCGCUCAGAAGUUCAAGAUCCGCAAGGUCAAAGGCAAAUCGCAGGAGGAGGAACAUCUAGAGAUACACCACUCUGUUUUCCAAGCUCCCGACUGGAUCCGACCGGCCACUGCCGAAACCUUGGCCUCAGAAUUGGACGAGCCCACCGGUGACAGGAUAUCCAAGAUCGAGUUCGACGACAUUGUUGAGAGCGUCAGAGUCGCCAUUGAGAUGGGUAUGCAGCCCAAGCUCAUCUCUCAGGGCAGUUCUGGAAGUUACUUUGCAAGAAAUACCUCGGGUAAGAUCGUUGGUGUGUUCAAACCAAAGGAUGAAGAACCAUACGCUUCAAAGAACCCCAAAUGGACCAAGUGGAUCCACCGCAACCUCUUCCCGUUCUUCUUCGGACGAGCAUGUCUCAUUCCCAACCUCAGCUAUAUCUCCGAGGCCGCUGCCUAUGUUCUGGACAGUCGUCUACGGACCCAUCUGGUACCUUAUACGGAUGUCGUUACCCUUUCCUCCAAAGCCUUCUUUUACGACUUCUGGGACAGGCGUGCACAUUACCGCAAAGGCAAGCCUUUCCCUGAAAAACAAGGCAGUUUCCAGGUCUUCCUCAAAGGCUUCAAAGACGCAAACAUCUUCCUCAAAGAACAUCCAUGGCCCGAUCAACACAACACAGGGUUCCGAACAGAUGCUGCGCCCAAGAGAAAGAAGAGAAGAUGGGGAGAGGACUGUCGACCCAGAGGCGCUCCUUCUGACGAUGAGGACGAGGAUGCGGAUGCUUCUCAGGCACCGUAUAGUGAUCGCCAACGCUCUCGCAACGUUUUCUGGACUCCCGCUCUUCAACAGUCAUUCCGUGAACAGCUGGAGAAGCUUGUCAUCUUGGACUACAUCAUGCGCAACACCGAUCGUGGACUUGACAACUGGAUGAUCAGGAUCGAUCAGCAGAGUCAGGAGGCUGAGAUUGUUAUUGAACCACCCAACAAGCCCACAAACGGACAGGCCGACCCAUACAGGAGACAAGAGACAAUGACCGCUGGCGGUCAAGCCAACUCACAAUCUUCUGCCACUGUGACCCUUGGUGCCAUCGACAAUAGUCUGUCAUGGCCCUGGAAGCAUCCUGACGCGUGGAGAAGUUUCCCAUUCGGUUGGCUGUUCUUGCCGGUAUCUUUGAUCGGCCGUCCGUUCUCAGAGAAAACCAAGCAGCAUUUCCUCCCUCUGUUGACUUCGAAGCAAUGGUGGAGUGAGACUCAGGUUGCUUUGCGCAAGUGCUUCGAGCAAGAUGCCGACUUCCAGGAGAAGAUGUUUGCUCGUCAGAUUGCUGUCAUGAAGGGACAGGCAUGGAAUGUUGUAGAAACACUAAAGACACCGGAUCAUGGUCCUCUAGAACUGACGAGACGUGCUCGCGUUUGCGUAUGGGAUGACCUAGUUGAGAUUCCUGUGGCCGUUCCACUGCGUCCGUCGAAUGACCUUCGCCACAAGCACACCGACAUCAUCAAGGGCCCUGGAAUCAGGGAAGAAGAAGAAAUGGAUAUUGGUGCUGCUUAUGCUUCGGCACCUCCACUGAAACUGCAGACCGACCUCCUUGGACCCGACCUUCCGAACAACAACCGGUUUAACAUUUCCCGACAGAACAGCAGUGGUGAUGUCCGAAGAAGCGACGAAAGCAACGCUCCUCUGUCACCUUCUAGCGUACAAGGGUUCACUUUCGAGACUGCGAAAGAGUCGAAAUUCAAACGCCCCGUUGCAACUCGCACAAAGUCCAGACUCAGUCUCGACGAGACAAGAAGACUUUUUGACAAUCUUGGAGAACGCAGGAGAUUUUCGUUUGCCAUUGGUAAGAGGAAUGAUGAAAUCGACGUCGAUGAUGCAGAGUUGGAUGGCGAUCUUGGUUUCGCAGCAGCAGAAGAUCAAGAGGGUUACAGGCGCAAGGUCAUUGUUGAGAGGAUCGAGAUGGUCAAGGGCAGGGCUCCUGUGUUUACUUGGUGCUAG